AUGACUUCUUUACAAGAACUCCGAACCGCCAUCGAACACACAACGCGGCAAUUCCUGGGCGCCUACAAAGACGCCGGAGAGAAGAACGACCCGACUAUCAUCAACCGCGACGUGACCGACUCAUGUAAGCGUUAUUUCCUACCAGCUGGCGUUCUAGAACUAUAUGGAGCUCCUGCGGACUCCGCCUUGGACAAUACUGCAUAUGAACAAGGAAUGGCAAAGGAUCUCGGGAAGGGUCGGGUCACACGGACUCAAGUCUUCAACCUGACAGUAGAUACCGAGUCACGCAAGUCGGCGGCAACUACCAUCACGGAUAUGACUUUCAAAGAUGGUGACACAGUGGUGAUGGAGCAUUCUUGGGUGCUGGACUUCAAUGAGGAUGGAUCCAAAGUCAGUAACGUUGUUGAGUUCUGUGAUAUGGACGGGUUGCGCAAGAUGUUUGCCAAGGUAUACACCGCGACAUAA